AGGCUUCUGCUACCUCCUCCGAACACCAGACCUCACGCAGGAACCUGUCCUCACGAUCCCACGACACCAUGGCCGUGCUUCCGAAAGGCAUCAAGGCUGUGUUGACCAGGGCGCCGACUGAUGUUGUGAUCCUCUCGGCGCUCCGUACGCCGAUCUGCCGAUCCUACCGCGGCCAGCUCAAGGAUGCCUACCCGGAGGAGCUCUUAUCAGUUGUCCUUCGCGCCACACUCGACAGGAACCCGCAACUCGACCCGGCGGCUAUCGAGGAUGUCGCCGUUGGCGUCGUUCUCAACGAGCUGGGCGGUUCCAAGGCGGCGCGCAUGGCCAUGAACCACGUAGGCUUCCCAUCGACAACGUCGCUGUACACAGCCAACCGCGCGUGCUCCUCCUCGCUGCAGAGCAUCGCCAUGAUCGCGGCCCAGAUCCGCACCGAGAUGAUCGACGUCGGCAUCGGGGCCGGCAUGGAGAGCAUGACGCGCAACUACGGCAGCAAGGCCAUCCCCGUCGACCUGUGGCCGGCCCUGCGCGAGUCGCCCGUCAAGGAGGCGCUCGACUGUAUCAUGCCCAUGGGCCUGACAAGCGAGAAUGUCGCGAGCCGGUACGGCGUCAGCCGCGCCGACCAGGACGCCUUCGCCGUCGAAUCGCACCGGCGGGCCGCCCGCGCGCGCGACUCGGGCGCCUUCGACGCCGAGAUCGUCCCCGUGACGACGCACUUCCAGGAGGUCGACAAGCAAGGGGACGCGGUCGGCAAGGCGCAGACCAUCACGGUCAGGCGGGACGACGGCAUCCGCGCCAACGCCACGCUCGAGGCCCUCGCCAAGCUCAAGCCCGCCUUCAGGCCCGACGGCGCCAGCACGGCGGGCAACUCGAGCCAGGUCAGCGACGGCGCGGCGGCCACGCUGCUCAUGCGCCGCAGCACCGCCGCCCAGCUCGGGCUGGCCGACAGCAUCAUGGGCAAGUUUGUCGCCGCGUCAGUCGUCGGGUGCGCCCCGGACGAGAUGGGCAUCGGUCCGGCCCUGGCGAUCCCCAAGGUGCUGAAGCAGCUCGGCCUGACCAACGCCGACGUGCACCGCUGGGAGAUCAACGAGGCCUUUGCGAGCCAGGCCAUCCACUGCGUGCGCGAGCUCGGCCUGGAGAAGGACUGGGCCGAGGGCAAGGUCAACCCGGACGGCGGCGCCAUUGCGCUGGGGCAUCCGCUCGGCGCGACGGGCGCACGCAUGGUCAGCACGCUCAUGCACGGCCUGGGGAGGACGGGCGGGGAGGUGGGUGUUGUGAGCAUGUGCAUUGGCACGGGCAUGGGGAUGGCGGGCGUGUUUGUGAGGGAGUGAGGAUGUGCUGCGCCUUGGGUGGGGGAGGGGGCCCAGUUCGCUAAUAGUAAGCGCGCAUGUUACUUCAAACUGUGGUAACAGGUAAAUCAACAGAACAUACCCAUCUCAACAGUGCAGCGGGUAGAAAAGGAGUGGUGGGUUCGAAGUUCGAACUUCGAACACGGAUCCAUGUGACUACCAGCGAAGAUUGGCUACUAUUAAUAGGUGAGCAGUGACGUAGAGACGCAGAUGGUAACGAGACAAAUGUGUUUCUAUUCUCAACAUUCAAACUCAUCAAUAUUCGUUUUGUGUGUACGUAGUCUUGAUCGAGGCAGUCACCAAGUGGGUCCAGCUUUUGCUUUCG